AUGUCAACUACUACUGGAAGAACCUCCGUCGCCAUCUCCCCGCGUACUGCCCUCCUCAAGGCAUACGCUCAUAACAUCCGUGCUCGAGGACCAAUCGCAAACCAGCUUACAGAAGAAAUUGCCCAGAUCGGCGAGGCGGCCUUCGAAGACUGGUACGAAGACCUCGAGGACUGGCUUGAGAACAACCCCGAGGAGCAGGGUGCGCCGACCAUGAAGCUAGUUGGUGCAUGGGCCGCUUUCAAGCGUGCCGCGGAGGGAGAUGACAAGGCGAAGCAAACUGCGGAGAGUAUUUGGGAGACGGGCAACAGACUGGUCGGUGGUUGGGUGGACUCGGUGGAGGCUUGGGUGGAGGCCAACCCGGGAUUGGCACCUGCUUGA